CCCAUUUUCUUUCCCAACAACUAUCUUUCCUCAGUCUAAUCCCAAGAUAAUCAAUUUAGCUUUUUAAGCAAAAUCUCAUCUUCAUUUAAGUCCUUCCUGUUCAUAAUCGCCCGAGAAAAUGAAAAAGCCUGUAUAAAAAUGCACCAAAAUACGAUUGCUUUUCUUAUUUUUUUCUCAUGUUCUCAAAUGAAAAUCUCUGAGCCCGGAAAUCCGGAUCAAUGAAAUUGAAUUUCUGUCUUUCGCUGCCCAUCUUGAAAUUUUCCUCUGGUAAGCAAAUCCAAUAACUUUGUCUCAUUUCUACAAUUGGGUAACCGAGCUUUUGUUCCCUUUUCCCCCUUUGUUAUUACUUUUGGAAUUAAAUUAUGAAUUCGAGAGAUGGGAUUUUUCCUGAUGAAGUUGUUCUUCAAAUUCUUGCGAGACUGCCUGUUAAGUCAUUAUUUAAAGCCAAAACUGUAUGUAAACUUUGGUACAGAUUAUCAUCUGAUAAGUAUUUUAUUCAGCUCUAUAACGAUGUAGCUGCUAAGAACCCAACGGUAUUGGUAGAGAUUUCAGAUUCAUCAGAAUCAAAAUCUAGCUUAAUCUGUAUUGAUAAUUUAAAGGCUGUCUCUGAAUUCUCCUUGGAUUUCUUGAAGGAUAGAGUGAAAAUUAGGGCAUCUUGUAAUGGCCUUUUGUGUUGCUCUAGUAUUCCUGAUAAGGGUGUUUACUAUGUUUGCAAUCCGAUGACGAGAGAAUUUAAGUUGCUUCCUAGGAGUAGAGAAAGGCAUGUGACUAGGUUUUAUCCUGAUGGUGAGGCCACUCUAGUUGGUUUGGCUUGCAAUUUAUCAAUGCAGAAGUUUAAUGUUGUUUUAGCAGGUUACCAUCGUACCUUUGGUCAUAGGCCAGAUGGGACAUUUAUAUGCUUGGUAUUUGAUUCGGAUUCAAAUAAAUGGAGGAAAUUUGUUUCAUUUCAAGAUGAUCAAUUUACGCAUAUGAAUAGGAACCAGGUUGUAUUUGUAAGUGGUGCACUCCAUUGGCUAACUGGUAGUUCUUCAUUUAUUCUUGCACUCGAUCUCAAUUGUGAUGUUUGGAGGAAGAUUUCAUUGCCGGAUGAAGUGUGUUGUGCAGCUGGCAACCGGGUGUAUUUGUUGGAGUCGGAUGGAUGUUUGUCGAUUAUACAAAUUUCAGAGGCAUUGAUGAAAACAUGGGUGAUGAAGGGCUAUGAGACUGAACAGUGGCAUGUGGUUGAUAUGGUUAGCUUGAGAUGCAUUAGGGGAAUGGUGCCUGGUAUCUUCCCAAUAAGUCAGACGGGUGAAUGUGUUUUUCUGGCAACCCAUAAGCAGGUUUUGGUGUAUCAUCGGAAGAGUAGGGUGUGGAAAGAGAUGUAUUCCGUGAAGAACAGCUCUACAUUGCCAUUGUGGUUCUCAGCACAUUCAUUUCGGAGCACAAUCUUCUCUUGUAAUUAAAUUGUGGAAUACAUCUGACAAGAUUUCUAUACAGAAUUUUAUUGUUUCUACUUGCCCAUACUUCUGUGCACUUGGAUAUAGUUCUUUGUUAAAUCUACGUUAUUUACCAUGUUCAGUAUGCAAUUUUUAUUUUGUUAUGGUUGUUCUUGGAAUUUUCACAUUUUUAUGAAUAAUUAGCAAGCCAAGUUUGCUACUUGUUUUUA